AUGGUGAGACCAAGAUGGCAAGCUGAUGUGCCCGAGGAUGAGCUACCCAGGGGUGAUGGAAAUUAUGCCAUUGCGAGGGCGUUGAAUAGGAUGACAGAGUUCCUCCAGCAGAAUUUUCGACCGCCGCAAGGAGAUCCAAAUAGAGCGGUCCAAGUGGGGUGCACCUAUGAGCGCUUCUUGGCUCAUAGGACUCCUGCCUUUUAUGGGGAGGAGGAUCCAAUGCGAGCUAGGAGGUGGAUUCUAGAUCUUGAAAGAACCUUUGAAGUCUAUGGGUGUACUGAGGCCCAGAUGCGGUUUAAGAAAGAAUUUGAUGAUCGAUACUUCCCUGUUUCGGUGAGACGACAAAAGGCUCGAGAGUUCAAUAAUUUGGUUCAAGGAGGCAUAACUGUUGAGCAAUAUGCAAGGAAAUUUAUGGAGCUUGGACGGUUCGCUCCUCACCUUAUUGCCACCGAAGAGUUGCAGGUUGAGCGUUUCAUGGAGGGUCUGCGCCCCGAAGUACGCAGACAAGUGGCUUGUCUUCAGAUUAUGGAAUUUCAGAAGUUGGUGGACUUGGCCAGUAUCGCAGAACGAGAGAAUAGCUUUGUAGUGGGCUCCCCUCCGGGAUGUCGGACUCCAGUGUGCCCUAGAUGCAAUAGAGCCCGUGAGGGCGAUUGUGGUCAAAGGGGAAUUCAGUGUUAUAGAUGUGGCCAGCCGGGUCACUUUGCUCGGGAGUGUCCCAGUCUAGUUCAUGGAGGUCAAGGAGGACGAGGAGGUCGACGAGGUGGAAGGGGCAACCAGAGACAGUUGGUACAAGCCCAGGUCUAUGUAGUGACUCAUGGCGAUGUGGAUUAUGAUGCUCCAGAGACCCACGACGCUGGGGUGAUUACUGGUAGAGUUCGUCUAUAUGAUUUCUAUGCAUGUACUUUGUUUGAUUCUGGGGCGUCCCAAUAUUUUGUGUCUGCCACUUUUGCUCAGAUGUGUAAUCUAGUCACGGAGCCUUUAUCACAAUCUCUGUUAGUGUCUCUUCCAAAUGGUGAGAUGGUAUGGUGCUCCAAAGUUGCUUUAGGCUGUCCUUUGGAUUUUGGUGGGAGGACAUUGGACGCAGAUUUGAUCGUAUUCAAGUUGCUUGGAUUUGAUAUAAUUUUGGGAAUGGAUUGGCUGUAUCGAUAUUCUGCAAAUAUUGAUUGUAGAAGUCGAGUAAUUGGUUUUCAACUCUCAGAUGGGGAUUAUUUGGAAUUCGUGGGAAGCAAGUUGAAGGCAAGACCAUCAAUUAUAUCAGCAAUUCAAGCUAUGAGAGAUAUAGCUUGUGGGGCAGAUGCUUUUUUGCUCCAAGUCGUGUCUACACCAUCUGAGAAGAAAUCUUUAGCGGAUAUUCCAGUGGUGGAAGAAUUUCCCGAUGUGUUCGUGGACGAGUUACCUGGAUUGCCUCCCGUUCGCGAUAUGGAAUUUGUUAUUGAACUGGAACCUAGGGUGGCUCCUGUGCAUAAGGCUCCUUACCGCAUGGCACCGGCCGAGUUAAAAGAGUUGAAGACUCAAUUGCAAGAAUUGGUUGACAAAGGAUUUAUUCAGCCUAGUACUUCGCCUUGGGGAGCGCCUGUUUUGUUUGUCAAGAAGAAAGAUGGUACUCUCAGAAUGUGUAUAGACUAUCGGGAGCUUAACAAGGUGACUAUCAAGAACAAGUACCCUCUUCCUAGAAUUGAUGAUCUGUUUGACCAGCUUCAGGGAGCAGCUGUCUUUUCGAAGAUUGACUUGAGAUCAGGGUACUAUCAGCUGAGGAUAAGGGAUAAGGACGUGCCCAAGACUACUUUCAGGACGAGGUAUGGGCAUUAUGAAUUUAAAGUGAUGUCUUUUGGGUUAGCGAAUGCUCCUGCCGCUUUUAUGGAUUUAAUGAAUCAGUUCGUGAGAUACAAAGUUUCUUGGGACUUGCCGGUUACUAUCGAAGAUUUGUGGAAGGUUUUUCUCGACUAUCAGGACCUCUCACUGCCUUGA